UCCAAAGGCGUUUUAUUAUUUUCCUCUUCUAUAAAGAUAGAAUUGUUAAGCUUCUGAGAUGUUCCGCGUAAUAUUUUGGUUUUUGUUCGCGCACAACAUUAUUGUGAUGUUGGUGGAGGGUGUUUCCAAGCCGCCAAUAACGUGUGCCAUGAAGUUGUCUUCUUUGUUUGGGGAUCAUAACGCGACAACGUUUUCUGUAAAAGAUUCGAUUCCUAGUGAUUACAGUAUGUCGUAUGUGUGCCAGUUUCCUUUGAUUUCCGCAACAACAACAUUUGUUUCUAUGCAAUCAAGUCAAGUACAGAAAGGCUCUCUACACGCAGCUGUUUACAAUUCUAAUUUAAAAUCAAUUGGACAACUGCAUUCUAACAAUACAAACUCUGCAAGAUCAUUUGGCUGUAUGUCUUCAUCAAGUACUGUACCGAAAUUUCUGAGGGUCUCUGGUACACCCAAUUUGAAGUUUAUUAUGACUGUUUCCUUCGUUCAUCAGCCAAUGAAUGUACAUUAUGAAGGAAAUAAUUCAUAUAUGCAGUUCAACAAUUCACAGUUGCUGUAUAUCCUUCCAAGUCCAACAUCCCCAAGCGCUCAACUUGAUAUCGCCGUUAAGUCAGAUAGCAAAGGUGAAGGUGUUCUAAGAGUUUCGCGCUACUGUGASCAAGCCAUGAAAUCUGGAGAAAUUCAUGACAAGAAGCCAGCUCUGUUUCUAACGUUUGAAAAACGAGGCCUGAUUACCAUUUCCAAAGUCUCCCGCCCAGCGUUCAGUACGUCAGAGCCACUGUACGUGUUUGUCAGCGUUCCUGAACGCAAAACGUAUUCCAUUGAAGUCAAGACGUCAUUUGGUUAUAACUACCUACCUAUUCUGUGGAUUACAUUGAUAUCUGUCAUCGGUGGGCUGGAUGUCACAUUUUUGGCGCUUUGUUCGUUUUUUGAUGUGCUGAAGAUAAAAUUGCAGACUGUCAAAAUGUUAUUCAAAUAUUGGAGACACGUUAAUGAGCUUCGGCCAUUUUCUUAUACAACCUGUAUCGUUGGGUGCGUGUUAGUUGUCGGAGGGCUACAGUUUGCACAUCUUCGCUGGGAAACGAUGAUCGAGACUGGUAACAGGGAUAGGUGUUUCUACAAUGACCUGUGCUAUCGUGUUAGUCCUUGGCACGAUUUACCGCUCAAUCUUAUGAUGAGCAACAUCCCAUACGUCGUGCACGGGCUGAUGCUUGCUCUCGCGCUGUUUGGAAUGGAACUUCACUUCAUUUACAAAGCUAGAGCUGAUGCAUUGAGGGAGUGUGGUGCGAUGGGUUCUGUACAAGCUCGAAUUCGAGGUAAUAUACAGCGACAGCUUCACCAGGAGAGAUUACCUCAACACGCACUUGAAUGCAGCGACUUGAAUCUCCAUUUACCAGAGUUGACGAUGCCUCCGUUGCACGGCGACCACAAUCGUCUUGUCGAGCUUACCACGUACGCUUACAAGAGGAAAUACAACUUUUCAAUUGGCUAUGCCUUCGCCUGGGCCCUCGUCUUUGAAGGGGUCUUCUCCACCGUCUACCAUCUUUGCCCUUCUCGUGCCACCUUUCAGCUCGACACAGCGUUCAUGUUUGUCAUUUGCGGGAUGAUAAUAGUCUCGUUGUUUAAUGGGUUAUCGGAUGUGGUUGGAAGUCACGAUAGAAAACCAAUCGGCAACAAUAACUUCUUUCUUGCUGUGAUAGUUCCUCUUUACCUCUUCAACUACCUUGGUUUUGUUUACAACGAGUUUAAAAGGAGCUCAUCUUUUGAUGUCGCCUUCAUUGCCCUGUUGGUCAUCUGGUUCAUCGCAAUGACAGUCUGGUCCUUUUAUAAACUUGCCAUCUUCAAGAGCUUUAAGUGCGAGGACUUUAAAUUGGACUUGUUCAAAAUAAUCGUGUUUCUGAUCGCAAUUGGGGCGAAUGUGUUAAUUCUGUCCUUUAUGCGACAUGAUUUCUCCCAGGCGUUCUUGUUUUCGAGUAUUUUCACUGCCAUCAUCAGUGUGGUUGCAAAAUGUGAAAAAAACGUCAUCAAAUGCCUUACCUUCAUCGUCAAGUGUUUAACUUGCCCUUGUUUCUGCAUCAUCAAGUGUAUUUGUUAUUUCUGUUGCCCAGAAGAGUGUCAUUGUGACCUCCCAGAAUUCGAAGAAGAACGACAUCGGGAUCAAGGUCGUUUGCCUAAGAUAAUCUGGGCACUUCGUUUUAUCUACGUGCUUGCCUUGGCGGUAUUAAUCUUUUCAGCAUUAUACGUGUUUGAAGACCUUGCAACAACGCAGAAGACAGACACUCCAGCCCAAUCUCGAAAUCUCAACAAAGAAUGCGUUUGGAUCUCUUUCUUCGAUUGGCAUGAUAUUUGGCAUUUGCUUUCAUCGUUUGCUUUGCUAAUGGGCGUGUUUCCUCUCAUGUACAUUAGCAAAUGACUGCUUUUGUCAGGACCUUAACUAGCAAGAUACCUAGUAUCUUGUAAGCGAAAAACUUCAGUGUAAGAAAUGAGAAAAUGGAUAAUAUAGCUAGAGGGCUAGGAGUAUAUCAAUGUAGACUUCAAUAUGCAUGAAUUGAUACUUAUAUGUUAUAUCCUGUAAACUGCGUUGUUAACUUAGUACACUGCUAUCUUUUGAAUUAUUAAUUGUCGAAUAAUAGCGAAGAACAGCAGAAUGGGAAUUCUGUGUCGUUUUUACUGGGGAAGGAAAAGCUACUGUAAAGAACCGGAAAGUCAAACGGCCAAUGAUUCUUGCCGUAUAUGUGAAAUAGAUUGCGCUAGAAUUGUACAAAUUUGUACAAAAUCAUUUGUACAACUUUGACAAUAUAAUUCAAAAUACUUGCAAACCUUUUAAAAUCUUGCGUUAGGUCUUAUUUUCAUGGCAUCUUUUUUGUAUGUAAUAUCGACUUACAACCUKCAUAUUAAAUUGGAUUAUGUGGUA